GAAUAUUUGUCAAUGAAGAUUCGGUGGAAAGACCCGUGAAUGGAGUCCUGAUAAUCAAUACUCCUUUUCUUGGAUAGCACGGGUCAAUGAGCACACAGCGUCCCGUUCACAAUAGCAACCGACUAGUGGCGCAGAAUUUAAAUGUACACAACUAGUGCUCUCUUUUCAAUAACACUGUGAGUUUCGUGCGUAUACAAGAGAAGGACGGGUUGUUGUCAUCAUUCAAACUUGCAAAAUAUGUUUUAUCGACAUUAAAGGUUCAUUGGACUUGUAAAGAAGCUACAAAAUCAUGGAUCUGUCUGCUGAUUCCCCUAAUUUCCUCUUGAACGAUCUGUCACCUCGGAAGAACCCUGUAAAACUGAAUGUUCCUGCAUCGUUUGGCCGGCGUUCUCCUCUCAAACCUACUGGCAAAUCUUCAUCUUUCAUCAGCAGCUCCCUAAGUUCCAUCCACGGCGGUCGCGUUCUAAAGGAACUCAACUCAUUCCGCAAUCAGGGUCUCCUCUGCGAUGUUUCCAUAGUAGCCAAUGGGACCAAGAUUGAUGCUCACCGAACCAUACUUGCAGCAAACAGCAAAUAUUUGAGAGAUCAGCUUCUGAGGAUUGCUUCACGAGGAAAGUCGCCGGUCAACAAACCAGAGAUUCAGUUAGACGGGAUAUCUGUCGGAACACUCCGUUCGGUGACGUCAUUCAUGUAUACAUCUGAGCUGGGUGAGGACUGUUCCAUAGAGCACAUCUUAGAUGUCUUCUGCGCGGCAGUUAAACUUAAAAUGCCAGAACUGAAGCAGCACUGUGUAGAACAAACCAGGAACUUGCUCAAACCUGACAUAUACCUCCUUGCACUGAGACAGGCAGGGAAGGCUGAAUGUGAGAAAAUCACAACAAGCAUUGAGAAAUAUAUCGCAGAGAAUUUCAUGCUACUUGUCAAUAGCAGUGAUGACUUCUUGAACAUCCCAGCUGCUAACAUCAUGGCUAUCAGUCAACUUGAAGAAUUUCAGAAGAAUGGUUCUGCAGCAGAGUUGCUUCAUGCCCUGAUAUCUUGGAUCAAGAGUGACCCUGAGGCUCGAAUACAGCAUAUAGAAUCUUUACUUGAUGCAAUCCGCUUCCAUGAUAUUCUCCCGUCAGCCAUCCGCGUUGAGAUCUCGUCCAUAGAAUCCAACCUGGUUAGAUUGGAGGAUGCGCCACUGAAGCAGAAGCUGUUGUCAUGCAUUGCCUCUCAUACUCAAGACUGCAUCCGCCCUUCAAAGAUGACGCAAGCCCCUGGGAAGACAUCCUUUCUGUUGGUUGGUGGAGAUGAUACCACUGGAGCUCCAAUUGACAGAACCUUUACAUUUAAUCCAAUGGUAGGAGACUGGACAGAAGGAACUCAAAUGCCUAUUUGUAGGCUAGAUCAUGCCAGUGCGGUUCUCAAUGGUCUUCUUUAUGUUGCAGGAGGCCAACACUCUGCACACAGCAAGGCAGCAGACAGCAUUGGUACUGUCCAUGCAUACGACACCAAGACUUCAACCUGGACACAGUUAUGCCCCAUGCAGAAGCGUCGCGCAGUCUUUACCGUGAACAGCCUCAACAAUCGACUGUAUGCAGUUGGGGGGAAGAACGCCCACGGUUCCCUGGCCAGCGUUGAAUUCUAUGACCCUGCCUCAGAGACAUGGACCUACGUAAGCCACAUGUACACAGGACUGUUCGGGCAUGCCAGUGUGGUCCUUGAUGACAAGAUGUACGUCUCAGGUGGAGUCGUUGCCGGGCGUCACUUCACCAACGCCCUCCAGUGCUACCAUCCCAAGUCUGACAAGUGGAUCCACAUGUCUCCCAUGUCAUCAAAGAGGGCGUUUCAUAUGAUGUGCGCAGUUGGAGGUAAGCUGUAUGUCUUUGGAGGCAACACCAGAAACUCAUCUGCUAAACGGAUAGACUGUGAGUCUAUGGAGUGUUAUGACCCUGACACAGACAGAUGGGAGACCAUCGAGAACAUGCCACGUCCUGUGUGCUUUGCAGCAGCCGCAGCAUUGGAGGAUAAGAUCUACGUGUUCGGAGGUUACAGCGGUAAGAAGGCCAAACGCUAUGCAGAUAUACAGUGCUUUGACAUCCAGAGCAGAACAUGGUCUCUGGUUGGUCAGCUGCCAGACCCUAUCAUGAGGCUCUCAAUCAGUGCUUUGAAAGCACCAUCCGCUCUGAUCGUUCAUUGACCCUUUUUGGGCUAGGAACAAAACAGUUGAAAUCGAUUGGACAAUUUGCAACAACCAGUCUGAACUUAUGUUAAAAGGCCAACAACAGCUGAUCUUCAUAUAUACGUCAACUGCCUACCAUUCAGGGAUUUGGGUUUUGCUUUCUCACUUACUGUUCUUAAAAAUAUAUAAAUCUUGUAACUACAUCAUGACGGCAAAAAUUUUAAGGAAAUGUGUGGAUGGCAACGUAGACACAUUGGGAGCAUUUCAUCGAGCUAAUGGUCAGUUACUUUCACUUACAACUGUUAGGCGCAACUGAAAUCCUUGCAUCUACUUGGCUGGAAGCUAAAUUCGUCAGUGAAAAAUCACUGACAAGGUGCUUGAUCAAAAAAUCCCAAGGAAAGCGAUGACCAAUUCAUCACAUAGCAACACAUUAUUGAGUAAAACUACAAUAUUUAGAACAAAGACUGUUUUUUUACCUUUGACUUGCAAACUGAUAUAGGAAACUUUCUAAUAAUUACAUUGCAGAUGUCACUUGACACCAUAUAUUUCCCCAUCUUCAGUUGACCUGAAGUGGCACCAGCUUAUAUUAUACACAUUUUACAGGGUACAUCUUGAGCACAUGUCUGUAAAAAUUAGACUCAUAUUGUAUGAUUGUGAAAACAUGAUUGAUAUUAUACCACUAUAUGUACAGCUACUGAAUUUCUAAUAAUACUAAAAUCCUUUAAAAUAUAUAACUGUAGAUGAAUUAAUGAAUAAAUAAGAUAUUUCUAAAAUAUAUAAAUAUGACUUAUAUAUUUUUGCUAAUGUGUUUUAUAUAUCAUAUAACCACUGACUGAAAUUAACUAUUUGAAACUUAAUAAUAAAAUUUUUGAAAAAUUAA